AUGAUUCCACCGCGCCUACUCGCGAUUCUGUACGGCGUCGGACUUUUUGCCCACGCGUCCGCCGUGCCUGUCGCAGAACCAGAACAACAGGUUCUGGGUACGCUCAACAGGGAGGAAGAUCAGAUCGAGUCCUCGAGGCGACUCUCAGGGCGGUUCUUGCACAUUACAGAUUUCCAUUUAGACACACACUACAAAGAAGGAACUUCAGCGGAGCGAGUAUGUCACCGAGAUACUGGAACAGCGGGCUUUUUGGGAGCUGAGGGGACCGAUUGCGACUCACCACAAGCUCUAAUUGACGAAACAUUCCGAUGGAUCGAGAGGAAUCUGAAAGGCGAAAUCGAUUUCGUGCUUUGGACCGGAGACUCCGCUCGACAUGACAACGAUGAGAAAAUACCUCGGACGGCUGGUGAGAUAAUUGAGCUGAACAAGGUCCUGGCGGCCAAGUUCAUUGAUGUCUUCGAAGACUCGAGUGCCGCCCGCGGUCUCUCGAUACCGGUCAUUCCCACGAUUGGCAACAACGAUAUCAUGCCGCAUAACAUCUUCAGAGAAGCCCCGAAUAGAUGGACGAGGAGGUUCACGGAAGUGUGGUCGAAGUUCAUACCCGAGGCGCAACGUCAUACUUUCGAAGAAGGCGGAUGGUUCUCGGCAGAGCUGGUUCCCAACAAGCUUGCCGCAAUCAGCUUGAACACGAUGUACUUCUACGAGUCCAACUCUGCUGUAGACGGCUGUGCGGCGUCGUCGGAACCGGGAUUUGAGCAUAUGGAGUGGCUUCGCGUGCAAUUGGAGAUUUUGCGGGAGCGCAAAAUGAAAGCGAUUCUCAUCGGACACGUGCCACCUGCACGGUCGGGCGACAAGCGGAGCUGGGACGAGAGCUGCUGGCAAAAAUACACCUUGUUCAUGAAUCGGUUCCGCGACGUUGUCGUCGGCAGUGUGUACGGUCAUAUGAAUGUCGACCACUUCAUGUUACAAGACAGCCGUGAUGUGGACAUUGUCGCAGCCACAGAAGACUCGCCAAGCGAUCCUAGCUUCAGCGUGCAGUCUCGCUCAGACUACCUCUCUAGCUUAAGAGAGGAUUGGGCUGAGAUGCCGUCUCCGCCAGAUGACAAGGCUUCCAAUUUCUUUUCAUCUGAUGAAUGGGACAUGGAAGCCCUCGGGAAAAAGGAACGGCGGUUUUUGGAGAAGAUUGGUGGCCCGUUCGCAGAAAGAUACAGCGUCUCACUGGUUUCACCCAGCGUGGUGCCAAAUUACUUUCCAACGUUGAGGGUUGUCGAGUAUAACACUACCGGUCUGGAUGGCGUUAAGCUGUGGGCCGACACGGCAUAUAGUGAAGGCUCGUUUGAGUCUCUUGACUGGGAUGCAGUCAAACGCGACUCUUCAGAAGAUGUCGCUGAAGCGGAUGAAGCGGAUGAUGGCGAAGAUGUCGAAGAGCAAGGGAAGAAAAAGAAGAAGAAGAAGAACAAGGACAAGAAGAAAAAGAAGAAGCCGAACUUCAAGAUACCCGACCAUCCCUCCAAAUCCGAACUCCCUGGCCCCGCCUACUCAAAUAAGCCUUUUACAUGGCUGGGCCUGGCCCAGUACUACGCCAACCUCACCGAAAUCUAUGAGAAGCGAGCCUCAUCCAAAACCCAAGAGGGUUCCCAUACAGUCGAGGACGAAAACACAGCAGCUCACGUCGACCUAUAUCACGUCGAGUACGACACUAGAGAUGACAACCUGUACAGCAUGAGAGACCUCACAGUGCGCAGUUACUUCCGACUCGCCAAACGGAUUGCAAAGAAGGACUCGAGCGACGAGAGCGCCCUUGCCAGUGAUCCCGACUCCAGUGAUGACGAAGACGAAGAAGCGCCAAAUACAAAGAGGUCAAAGAAGAAGAUGAAGAGGCCGCGCACGAACCAGGUGUGGCGAACAUUCCUGGAUAGAGCAUUUGUUGGCUUUUUGGGCGAUGACGAACUUGACGACAUUCAGAUAUAG